AUGGGCACCCAAGAUCAGUUCUUAUUUGGUCAGAUCAGUUACCCCCAAUAUAUUUCGAUAUACCCUUCGGUAGUGGACAACAGGUACCUUGAGACUAGCUCACACGACUUCGUCUAUGAACAACCUCCUCCAGCACCCUUUCUGGCAGCACCACCCGCGGUCUCUCGCUUCCCCCCGCCUCUCCCCCCCAAAUAUCGCGCCAUCCGACCUCAACCUAAGAAAGACGGCCCUGAAACCAACGAUUUCGACGACACGUUGCAAUUAAAGCCUCGGAAGCGCCGAAAGAGCCGACGGCUGCCACAAGAGAGAAGCGACGAGUCAAAGGUCACCCAAUCAGAAUUGGACGUCAACAUAGCUUCUUCGGCUAGAGCCGGAAGCGAGAGGUUUGGAUUGCCAAAUUUCUGUUACUUCAACAAACCCCAAGCUGACCCAAAGGCCGUACAAUGCAGUUCCGCGCCCUUCAGCCAAUAUACGGAUUCCGAUAUUUGCUCGAGCUGUCACGAGCCUACCUUCGCGUCUUGUCCUCCUUCAUCUUCAAAGGACUUUGCAAGUCCAAAGUGGAAUGGAUUGCUGCCUCUACUCAACGAUGCUUGUGAAGCGCUUGUCACCGACCGGCCAGUCUAUCCCCACGAUGUGCGCCGCUCCCUUAUUUCACCAGAUAUCCAUGUUCCAUUGCCGAGUGGAUUCCUUGAGCUCAGCCAGAACCAAGAUUCUAAGGAAGCAGAUUUUGUUGGACUUGCAGCGCAUCUUGAAAAGACACAAGUUCUGCAGUCAUUGGCCAUUGUGCAGGAUUAUAUGGCGAAGCAUCCUUCUAUAUUUGAAGUACAAGCUCCCGGAAUGAUCCAGAGAUGGACGGCAGACAUUGAAGCCCUGAGUACGCCAGGUUCUUUGUCCGAAUGA